AUGACUUGGAACGACACCACAAUGGACGGGGAAGAGUUGCUCGGGGAAAGGGACUCCUCCUUUCGGAUCCUUACAGGCUGCUUUCUUUCUUUGCUGAUACUUUCCACGCUUCUGGGGAACACAUUGGUGUGUGCAGCUGUCAUUAGAUUUCGCCAUCUGAGGUCCAAGGUGACCAACUUCUUUGUAAUCUCCUUGGCAGUAUCAGAUCUUUUAGUGGCAGUCUUGGUCAUGCCUUGGAAAGCUGUUGCUGAGAUAGCUGGUUUCUGGCCUUUUGGUUCAUUCUGUAACAUCUGGGUGGCAUUUGAUAUUAUGUGCUCCACGGCCUCAAUCUUAAACCUUUGUGUCAUUAGUGUGGACAGAUACUGGGCCAUCUCUAGUCCAUUCAGGUAUGAGAGGAAAAUGACCCCCAAGGCAGCUUUCAUCAUGAUCAGUGUGGCAUGGACCUUGUCUGUAUUGAUUUCCUUCAUUCCUGUGCAGCUGAACUGGCACAAAGCUACAACCACAAGCUUUUUAGAGCUAAAUGCCAGUUCCCAAGACAUAACCAUGGACAACUGUGAUUCCAGUCUAAACAGGAUGUAUGCCAUCUCCUCUUCUCUAAUUAGCUUUUACAUCCCAGUGGCCAUCAUGAUCGUCACCUAUACAAGGAUAUACAGGAUUGCUCAAAAACAAAUAAGACGCAUCUCAGCUUUGGAAAGAGCAGCAGUGCAUGCUAAGAACUGCCAAAACACUACAGGGAAUGGAAACAGUAUGGAUUGCCAACAACCAGAAAGCUCCUUCAAAAUGUCCUUUAAGAGGGAAACGAAAGUCUUAAAGACUUUGUCAGUGAUCAUGGGGGUGUUUGUAUGCUGCUGGUUACCCUUUUUCAUAUUGAACUGCAUGGUGCCCUUUUGUGAGCCCAGCCCACCAUCCAAGGGAGCAGAACCCUUUUGCAUUAGUUCCACCACCUUUGAUGUUUUUGUUUGGUUUGGAUGGGCUAAUUCCUCACUGAACCCCAUCAUUUAUGCCUUCAAUGCUGAUUUCCGCAAGGCAUUUUCAACUCUGCUAGGAUGCUACAGACUCUGCCCUACUUCCAACAACGCUAUAGAGACGGUUAGUAUCAACAACAAUGGGGCAGUUGUUUUUUCAAGCCAUCAUGAGCCUAGAGGGUCUAGCCCAAAAGAGUGUAACCUGGUGUAUCUGAUCCCACAUGCUAUUAUCUGCCCAGAAGAAGAACUUCUGAAAAAGGAAGAAGAGGGUGAACUAUCUAAGACCUUGGAGAAAAUGUCUCCAGCACUGUCCGGUAUCUUGGAUUAUGAAGCUGAUGUGUCUUUGGAAAAGAUCAACCCCAUCACUCAGAAUGGGCAACAUAAAACAUGA